AUAGCAAGUGCAGAUCCGCAGGUCGAACGGACCAAUUUAAUGAUUCGUACUAGAAUCUGCUAGAACCUACUAAAGUCAUAUUCCCAAGCUAAUAAACCCGAACUUAUCAGGUUUAACAUCCCGUGAGAUGUUCUCUUAGCUUCCGCUUCUGAACGAGCUCGCAACCCAGUCGAUACGGGCAUCGCUUUAAUCUUCGUUGGUGCGGUCCAUUAGGUAUCCGCUGCCUCAAUUGCAUUUAUGGGUGACCAGCAUGCCUGGUAUCCACCCUUCUAUUGUGGGUCUUCGAUCAUCAAUAACAAUAGUUCAUACAUGCACAAUUGUAAUGACCUCUUGGCGACUCUGGUACAAAAUCGUUCAGCGAUGCUGGUGGUGGGAGGAUGUGUGGGCAGCCACUGCGCUCGCAGCAAUUAUCACCAGUGUGGUUUCGGUCUGGAUUUAUUCUGAGCCACCGAUCGACUCAAAGCCACGGGAUGGCCCCAUUAUAGCGUACUGGCUUCUAAUGGUUAAUUUUACUAUAGGUCUUUGGUCGUCUCGGUUGAGUAUGAUAUGUUCGAUUAUAAGAUUAUCACCACCCACAAGAAUACGAAUCGUUGCAUGUUGCGCUGCAGCAGCUUUCGCAGCAAUUGCCGUCGCUUUACUCGUCCACAAAUGCUGGUUUUGUGCUCGAUAUAACGACUGGGACAAAAACACUCCGCUCAGUUGCCCUCUCGCGUUUUCCGUAGGCAUCACGCAGGUCGUCGCGGACUUUUUGUCUGACCUGACAUUGGUGGUUUUGCCUGCUCAAAUAUUGUAUCGGGUUAAGCUUCCGCGGGACCAGAAGAUAUUGAUUCUCUCAGUUUUCUCCGGCAGUCUCCUAACCACAUUGCUGAGUAUCGUGCACGCGGUCUUUUUCAUUCAGGCCGAUCCCAUCUUGAAGAUUUUAACAGCGCAGCUCGAGAUGGCAUUCUCUGUUAUUGUCUGCGAUCUUUUGCCUAUAGUAACAUGUCUAUACAAAGCCCUUCGAAGCAGAGACUUGGACGUUAGUCACGGGCAAUACCCAGCAGACAGUAUAUUUCUCACCACUGUCGUCGACAUGCCAUCAUCAGACAACUACACAACUGAAGAAUCGAAAUUCAUAGCUUAAAAGGAUCUUGGCGUAUCUUGCACUAGCAGUUUGGUGGCAGCGUGGUGCUGCCGCUUCAUUUACCCCAUUUAAAUUUUACUGUAUUGUAUCAUUUUCAUCAAGGCAUAUACAUCAUGCUUCUUCCUGACUCGUUUUGUACUAUAUACCACGGGUAGCAUCGUUUGCAACAUCCAUUACUUCUUACGAUUUGCUGGUGGUGGCAAGAGAAGCGCCGGCAUUGCAAACGACAAAUUACUAUCUUACUC